ACGCUCCAACCCGCAGCCCAGCCCCUAGAACAGCACCACGCCGGGAGCGGAAACAGGGGCUCGUGUGCAGAGAGGCUCCCCCUCCCCCACCCGUCUUUUGGGGGGGGACCGUUUUCUGCCGUCGCUGGUGUCCCUCAAACGGCAGUUCCACCGUGAAGAGAAUUUUCGCGCGCCUCGCUUUUGGGCGCGUGUUCCUGGACUAUCGUUUGCCUGCGGGCUCGGCUCUUUCGCCCCCCCCCCCCCCGCCCCCCCGUAGCUCUUUGCGUGCCGAUGCACUAGCGAAAGUUGAUUUGUUUAAAAAAAAAAAAAAAUCUCCUAAUGAAGAGAGGCUCCCGGAGAGCGGUUGGACGAUGGUUAUGAAACUACAGGGUUUAGUUGCCUUUUUUGCCGGGAAGCCUGGCGUGGAUUUGUGAACGCGAAGGGGCUUGAGGGGUUUUUUUUUUUUUUUGGCUUUACGUGCCUUAGUGCCGCUCCAGUAAUUUACAGACAUUGUCGAUUAAAUUACAUCCUACGUUGGCCGCCCUUUGAUAGCGCGUGGUUCCUCUGUAACAACCUGUGCCGUGGGAAGCAAAGCUGGAAGCCAGGUAUUCGAGAGGGAGACGGUUUGCACGCGCACCUUUACACCUGCCAAGAGCCUGGGGCUUUAUAAUGCUGACGUGGAUUAAAAUGCUAGCUGUUAAAACAAAGGGAUUUCUGUACUGAUGUGGAGACCAUAUGAACCUCUGAUUGGACCCCACCAUUUUCUGUUUUACGAAGGAGGAUAACUUCUAUAGGCUGACAUGGCAAUGAUGAGAUCCGACUUGGGCAUUAUGAAGAUUCUUCACUUGAAGAAGAGAGGCUGUUUUCUGCUGAAGCUUUUGUGUCUGGUUGUCUUGGUGUUAAUCUUUUGUGAAUUCUUAGUUUAUUAUGUGGUGAUAUUUCAGUGUCAUUGGCCAGAAGUUAAAAUAGAAGCUCACAGGAGCAGCAAACAGUCUUCGGCUUCUGUCUUGAAGGCCAUGUUUUUAUCUGAUACCCACCUGCUUGGCGAAAUCAAAGGGCAUUGGCUAGACAAAUUAAGAAGGGAAUGGCAAAUGGAGAGAGCCUUCCAAACUGCCUUGUCAUUACUGAAGCCAGAUAUUGUUUUCAUACUAGGAGAUGUCUUUGAUGAAGGAAAGUGGAGCUUCUCCCAGGCCUGGGCAGAUGAUGUCAGGCGGUUUCAGAAAAUGUUCCGGCAUCCAGUUUGUACUGAGCUAAUGGUUGUUGUUGGCAACCAUGACAUUGGUUUUCACUAUGAAAUGACCACUUACAAGUUAAAACGGUUCGCAAAAGUUUUCAACUUCACCUCUGGAGAGCUAAUAACCCGGAAAGGGGUAAAUUUUGUCAUGGUGAACAGUGUUGCCCUGGAAGGUGAUGGGUGCACUGUCUGCAGCAGAGCAGAGGCAAAGCUCAUGAAGCUUUCUUACAAACUGAAUUGCUCCCAACAGCAGGAACAGAAUCAUUCCAACAAAAGAUGCAGUGAUGUGGAACAGCUUCCAGCUUCAGAACCAAUCCUUUUACAGCAUUACCCUCUUUACAGAAGAAGUGAUGCUGAAUGUGCUGGGGAAGAUUCUGCUCUUCCAGAGGAAAAGAACAUCCCAUUUAAAGAAAAGUGUGAUGUACUUUCUAGAGAGGCUUCACAAAAGCUGUUAUGGUGGUUUCAUCCCCGUUUGAUUCUGAGUGGCCAUACCCACAGCGCAUGUGAAGUGUUGCAUAAUGGGAAGAUUCCAGAAAUCAGUGUCCCAUCGUUUAGUUGGAGGAACAGAAACAACCCUAGUUUCAUCAUGGGCAGCAUAACACCAACCGACAUCUCCCUCUACAAGUGUUUCCUUCCACUUGAGAGCAGAGUGGUUACUAUAUACUGUAUAGCAGGGGCUCUACUUGGGGUACUGAUACUAGCUCAUCUUCAACUUCUCAAUUCACCUUUUUAUUUUGCUCAGCACUUAAUCAGGAAGCAUAAAGCAGUAUGAAGAGCCAGACAUCUGCAUUCAGUUACUGAAAUACCAAAGCUGAGAACAGUCAAACAUCAGACUAUAUUCAUGCCAGCAAAUGACCUCAUUGGAUUGUUAAUCCGAAGGCAGGUCGCAUUUACACAUACCAUAGAAAUCCUACACAGUUGAUAUGACUACUACAGGAUAAAUUAACUGAAAUGAACUGUUUUCAUGCUGUACAAAAAUACAGUAUUCUACAAUCAAAUGAGUCCAUUUCGUUGCUAUAAUUUUUGUAUCAAAUAUGUAUACUAAAAGUUUGUAACUGUA